AUGGAACUACAGUUCUUGGAGAACAUACCUCCAAAAACUAAUAAUGCUAAUUCGAAUGCCACCCGCUUACAGCGACCCACAACAGUUCGUAAACCGACACUCAAGAGUUCAAUACCAAGCAGUCGGAGUGUUUUACAAGAAAGGCAAAAUAUCGAAGUAACAUCUUCCAAACCAUAUUCUGUCAAACGUACUGCACUUCCAAUAUCUAGAAAUGUGCCAAUUCAAGGAAGGUCAAUCAAAGAGCUGGCCCCUCAGAACCACAUCUCAGCUAUUCCUUCUAUUGAACCAAGGCAAGACCAAUCAGAAACACACCUACAGACAGAGAUAGCUCGACUACGAACCGAUGAAGCCAAACUGAAAUUUGAAAGAGACAAGUUAGAGGAUAAGCUGAAAGCAUUCCACGACAAAGCUACCGAAAGAGAGGACACAAUAAGGCGAGAGAAAGACCAGAUAAUCAACUCUCUUCAGAACGAACUACACUCCACAAAGGAUGCGUGCCAUUUGAAAAUUGUCGAAUUUCAACGAGAAUAUAACGAUGCUUUGUCAGAGAAAAUAGAAUCAGAACGCCAAAGGUAUCAAGAGUUGCUCAGUCAACAGCAAUCGCAUUAUCAGACUCAACUUGAAACUCAUCGUCAACAAAUUGAACAUGAAAAGCAGUUAGAGAAAGCGGCAUCAGAGCAGAAAUUGCUACAUGAAAUGGAGUUGAUAAAGCAUGAGUAUGAAAGAGAAAACCAGAAGCUCAUUUUUGAAGUGGAGAACAGCAGAUCUGAACUCGAGAAAAUAAGAGAGGAAUCAUCUAGACAGUUACAGGAAGUAGUAGGCGAACUCAAGAGAGAGAAUCUCAGGUUGAUUACAGAACUCCAGGAAGAACUAAAACAAAAAGAGCAUAUGUAUAGUCAAGAGAAGGAAGCUUUCUUAACUCAAUUGCAAUCACAGAGAGAACAGCUGAACCAAAACAUGACACAAAUUUCGAUUCAAGCGCGCGAACUAGAAACGACAAAGAUGCAACUGACGGAUGCACUUGCUAAUUCACAUAGCCAUCAAACUCUUGAAAAGUCACAGCAAUCGACAAUCUAUGAAUUACAGUUGCUUUUGAGGACAGCUGAAGAGCAUAAAAACAUUGCUGAGAAAGAAAGAGAUAUUGCCAAGGAGAAACUAUUUAAAGAGGAGACCGUUCGCAGGAAAUUACAUAACCAACUACAAGAGCUCAAAGGAAAUAUCAGAGUAUUUUGUCGAGUUCGACCUCCACUUCAAUCUGAACAAAAUAAUCAACCGGUUGCUAAGAUUACAUUUCCAGACAAGGAUAUGGAGAGUCAACAAUUGUUGGUAUGUGGACCAGCAUCUGAAUCUGCUGUUGGUUCAGUGACUACCAAGGUUCAUCCUUUUGCAUUUGAUAAAGUAUUCCCUCCGUCAUCAUCAAAUGAAGAGGUUUUUGACGAGGUGUCCGAGCUAAUCCAGAGUGCGCUUGACGGGUAUAAUGUCUGUAUUUUUGCAUAUGGUCAGACAGGAUCGGGAAAAACAUAUACCAUGUCUGGCAACAAUGGUAUGAUUCCAAAGGCAGUAACCAAAAUAUUUGAAGCUAGCGAAACAUUGAAAGAACGUGGAUGGAGAUACGUCAUUACGGGUGAAUUUUUGGAGAUUUAUAACGAGACAAUGCGAGAUUUGCUCAACAGUUCAGAAGAAAACAAACUGGAAAUCCGCCAUGAUGCCAAGCAGCAAAAGACGUCCAUUAUAAAUAUCACAAGUGUCAAGCUAGACUCUCCGUCAACUGUUUAUUCGGUGCUGAGGCAGGCUGACAGUAAUCGGUCAGUUGCCGCCACAGCAGCGAAUGAAAGGUCUUCGCGUUCUCACAGUGUGUUCAUUCUUCGUAUCACGGGAGAAAACGUCGAGACAGGUGAGAAGUCGGAAGGAACGCUUAAUCUUAUUGAUCUUGCUGGUUCAGAGCGGUUAGCACAUUCUCAGGCAACUGGCAUUAGGCUCAAGGAGACACAAGCUAUUAACAAGAGCUUAAGCUAUCUUGGAGAUGUCAUUUGUGCACUAGGGAGCGAAGAUAAAUCGCACAUACCAUAUCGAAACUCCAAACUGACAUAUCUCCUUCAAUACUCGCUCAGUGGCAACUCUAAGACAUUGAUGUUUGUUAAUGUGUCACCUUUAGAACCACAUGUAAACGAGUCGUUGAGCUCUCUGAGGUUUGCCACUAAAGUCAAUAAUACCAAAAUGAAAAAGUAA